GCUAAUCACGCUUACUUUGGGAAAGCGCGCGCCGCCGCAGUAGCGAGGGUCGAGCGGCUGGGGAGGAAGCGAGCCUCUGAGGCGUCCGGGCCGAGCGGGCAGCUGGUUGGUGCUCAGGCCCCUGCUGCGGCGGCAGGUCCCUCCACGUGCUUUCGGCGGCGACAUGGAGCUGGAGGAGUUGGGAAUCCGAGAGGAAUGUGGCGUAUUCGGGUGCAUCGCCUCAGGAGAGUGGCCCACGCAGCUAGAUGUGCCGCAUGUGAUCACUCUGGGACUCGUGGGGCUGCAACACCGGGGUCAGGAGAGUGCUGGUAUUGUGACCAGCGAUGGGAAUUCAGUACCAACAUUCAAAACACACAAGGGAAUGGGUCUUGUAAAUCAUGUCUUUACUCAAGACAAUUUGAAGAAAUUAUAUAUUUCAAACCUUGGAAUUGGACACACAAGAUACGCCACUACAGGAAACUGUGAAUUAGAAAAUUGUCAGCCCUUUGUUGUUGAAACACUUCAUGGGAAAAUAGCUGUGGCACAUAAUGGCGAAUUGGUAAAUGCUGCUCAAUUGAGAAAAAAGCUUCUGCGGCAUGGUAUUGGUUUGUCAACAAGUUCUGAUAGCGAAAUGAUUACCCAGUUACUGGCGUAUACACCUCCUCAGGAACAAGAUGGCACCCCAGAUUGGGUAGCAAGGAUUAAAAACCUAAUGAAGGAAGCACCCACAGCAUACUCCCUGCUUAUAAUGCACAGAGAUGUUAUUUAUGCAGUAAGAGAUCCUUACGGAAAUCGUCCUCUAUGCAUUGGACGUCUUAUGCCUGUAUCUGAUAUAAAUGAUAAAGAGAAAAAAUCUUCAGAAACAGAAGGAUGGGUGGUAUCUUCAGAAUCUUGUAGCUUUUUAUCAAUUGGUGCAAGAUAUUACCGUGAAGUCUUGCCUGGAGAAAUCGUGGAAAUAACCAAACGUAGUGUCCAAACUCUUGCUGUUAUACCAAGGUCUGAAGGAAACCCAGUGGCCUUUUGUAUCUUUGAAUAUGUUUAUUUUGCAAGACCAGAUAGUAUAUUUGAAGACCAGAUGGUUUACACAGUAAGAUAUCGUUGUGGUCAGCAGCUGGCAAUUGAAGCACCUGUGGAUGCAGAUUUGGUUAGCACUGUUCCGGAAUCUGCUACCCCUGCUGCUCUUGGUUAUGCAGCAAAGUGUGGGCUUCCAUACGUGGAAGUGCUGUGUAAAAACCGGUAUGUAGGAAGAACCUUUAUUCAACCAAACAUGAGGUUAAGACAACUUGGUGUUGCAAAAAAAUUUGGAGUAUUGUCGGACAACUUUAAAGGCAAAAGAAUUGUUCUUAUAGAUGAUUCAAUUGUAAGAGGCAAUACCAUCUCACCCAUAAUCAAAUUGCUCAAAGAAUCUGGCGCAAAAGAGGUACACAUUAGAGUAGCUUCACCACCAAUUAGAUAUCCAUGCUUUAUGGGAAUAAACAUACCAACAAAAGAAGAGCUUAUUGCCAAUAAACCUGAAUUUGAACAUCUUGCAAAAUAUCUGGGAGCAAACAGUGUUGUAUAUCUGUCAGUGGGAGGACUGGUUUCAUCUGUACAAGAAGGGGUAAAGUUUAAAAAACAGAAAGUGGAAAAGCAGGAUAUUAUGAUUCAAGAGAAUGGGAAUGGUCUGGAAUGCUUUGAAAAGAAUGGUCAUUGUACAGCUUGUCUCACUGGAAAAUACCCUGUGGAAUUGGAAUGGUAGCUGGUAGGGACAGAUACGAUUUUCUAAGAUACAAAGUUGGUCAAGAAGUUUUAGUGGUGGUUAACACCCUAUCCAUUUACUGUUACUCCCUUGAAAUGAUGUAAAAUGCCACAUGCUUACGUUUACCUUUAUAAGUUUUGAGAUUUCUGAGAAAAGUACCAAAGUGCUUUCUUUAACAAUCCUAGAUAAAUAUUUUGGUGUUAUCUAGGAAUUUGGAUGAUCCUUUCAGUUUUUAUUUCGUAGUUUAGUACUUUGAGGCUACCACUUCUGAGAUCAUAUACAUUUAAUU